UCAGGCUCCUCACUUCCUUGUUUGUGGCAAUUUCACUGCGCAUCUACUCGUGCAUUUACGGUAGAGCCCUCCGCCACACGGAAGAAAAGGUUCCAGCUAGCUAGAAACAAGAGAUGUAACAUUUUCUAGUGCGUCGUUUGUUUUCGCUAUUUUUUUAAUUAAAUAAUUUGCGAGGAGGGAGCUAUUUAUUACAUUCUUUCCUCACGCGUUACUUUGCAUGAAAACAUGGCGACGUGCAUUCCCUUUCAAACCCAGUUAUCCUCAAUAAUGGAGGUUUUGGUUAAAGCAGCAGUGGCAGAGAUAUCCAAACUAGUCGAUGACAAAUGUGCGUUUUUGCAUUUAGAAAUAUCUCGAAAGCAAAGCGAGAAUGAGAUGCUGAAAAGGAAAUUACUGAUGAUGGAGAACAAGAAUGCACAGCUGCAGCGCGGCUUUGAAAACUACAUGGACCGAGGAACUGAUGUGGGGAACUGUCCACAUCAACCAGGAGACAUGAAGUUUCCUGAUAUAGAUGAAGCCACUGUUUCGUUCACAAUUAAGGAGGAAAGUCCUGAUGAGGCAUUGUGGAUCACUGAGUCUGCUGGACCGAUAGGCUCUGCUGUACAAUACUGCAAUCCAGCUAACGCUGCAGAGAGCCAGCAGCUUGAAGAGGAGCGUCUGUUAAACCAUUCAGACGUCGCCACAAGAAAGACUUCAGAGUUUGAGGACUUGUAUAGUUCUGGUCAGCAUGCAGGAGACAUCAGCGGCCUUCAGUUCACUGUCAAGACGGAGAAGGAGGAGGAGCGGUCAGGGUUCGGUCAGGAUGGAUGCCAGCACGCUGCAGGGAAGCAGACUCAACUUGCUGCUGACUUUUCCAUGGAUGAGCGAGAGAAUCAGCUCUGGUCGUCCAUAAUUGAAGGUAAUGACAUUGAUGCAGGUUUUCCUGACUUUUCUAGCGUGGUUGAGGAGUAUUCCAACACAUUUCCGGACCAUUCGGAUGUUCAUGUGGUUUCAAACUCUACCAAGUCUGCUAGCGUGCAGCAGUUGUCCUCUCAGAGGCCGUGUAACGGGAUCUACAACAGUGAGUAUCAGAAGGAUGCUCCACAAUCGACCAGUUUCCAACCCAGACCUCAAGGUACUCUGCCACAGCAGGACAGGCAGAAGGAAGUUUACUCUCAGAGAAACCCGUCACAUGUCGCACAUCCACGGCAGCCGGAUGAACACCCUGAGAGGGAGGCUGCAGCCGGAGACAGACCGGCGGUAAGUCACUCGCACAACACUUUCACAACAGGCAGCUUCCACCAUCACAAACCUCUCUCUGGCUCGGCUCGGGGCUACGCUUGCUCACACUGCGGGAAGACGUUCAGCCGUCUGCACCAGUUCAAGCUGCACCAGCAGAGCCACAAGAGAAAGCGGGCGUUCUGGUGCACGGUGUGCGGGAAGAGCUUCCAGUGCUCGUCCCACCUCAGCAUACACCACCGGACGCACACGGGAGAGAAGCCGUACGGGUGCGGACAGUGCGGGAAGAGGUUCACGCAGCAGAGCAGUCUGAGGGUCCACCAGCGCACGCACAGCGGGGAGCGGCCCUACAGCUGCUCGCUGUGCGGGAAAACCUUCAUCUUGAUGCACCAUUUGAAACGGCACAGAAUCAUUCACACGUACAGCUGAGGCGGAGACGGCGAUGUUGCUCAGGUGAAAAGACAGAACUGACUUUCAAAACCAAACCCUAAAGCCUGUGAGACAGAUUUUUUUCGGUUGGGAUUUGUAACUUUGUGGCACUGCUCACAGACUUUGUAUAUUAACGCAUAUUCUACUAUGCAAAAUCCAUCUGGAUGGAUUUUAAGGUGUUUGCUUCUUUUUUUAAAUACUUAUAAUUAUUAAACUGAAUUGCACCCUCAAACAGAAAUCACACAAGUCAGUGUUUUUAAGACGCCUCCAAAGCUAGAAAUCCAAAAAAACAAGGUCUGAAAUGUGGAUUCAUUAAAUAAAAUCCUGCAGAUUUCCUCUUACCUGCAUACUGAUCUUCACAGUUUGUUUUAGCUCCUCAUGUAGAAAUAUGCCUUAUAUCAUCUCAGCACUGAAACUGUAAUAGCACAAGACGCUAAUUAUGCCCAUAAACUCUCCCCUUUAAAGUCACACGAGGGCUUUUGCAUAUUAGACCCAGUGAAGCACCUCUCAGGUUUAUGUUGGUAAAAAACCUGCCUGACUGUUGAAUUUUCCAUAAAACAUAUCCUUAAUAUCCUUUGCCCUUUGUUAUGAUUUACAUUAAAUGAUCUUUUAAAUCAGCUGGAUUUUUUCACUUUUUAUAUUUCUUUCUGAGUUUAUUAUACUUCUCUGUAUUCAUUUGUACUCAAAAUUAAGGCUAAAACUCACAAUUGUGAUUAAUUUUUAAUGAUUUUCACAGCUCUAUUGAAUUGUUGUUCAUUACAAUGUUAUAAAUGUAAGAAAAAAGUGAAAA